UCUAACUAGUUGGCUCUCAAUUGAAUUAGAUAAAGGAUGACUAAGUUGACUAAAGCAGGCGUAUAUCUCCGCCCCAAUGAAACUAGCAAAUCCUCCCUCUAUAAGAAGCAAGAAACCAAGGUCACCCUCAAAGCGAGGAACAAAGGUAGCAUAAUGGGCGAAGAAGUGCAGGUUUUUGGAUUCUGGGCAAGCCCUUACAGCCACAGGGUAGAGCUGGCUUUGAGCUUGAAAGGUGUUCCAUAUGAAUAUAUAGAAGAGGACAUCUUAAAGAACAAGAGUGAUUUACUCUUGAAAUAUAAUCCCAUUCAUAAAAAAGUCCCAGUUUUUCUCCACAAAGGGAAACCAAUUGUAGAGUCUAUUGUUAUACUUGAAUAUAUCGAGGAAACUUGGAAAGUCAAUCCCAUUUUACCACAAAAUCCUUAUGACAAAGCCAUCGAUCGGUUUUGGAUCAAGUUCAUCGACGACAAGUGCUUGCCUGCGGUUAGGAAAGCUACAUUUAGCCCUGAGAAUGAGCGAGAAACGGCGGUGGAAGAAGCUUGUGAGUGUCUAAAAAUGCUUGAAAGUGCACUGAAUGGAAAGAGAUUCUUUGGUGGGGAUGCGAUCGGAAUGGUAGACAUUGCUGCCAACUUUCUUACCAUUUGGCUUAGGACCAUUCAAGAAGCUACGGGAUUGGAGGUGUUGUCAGUGGAGAAAUUCCCCGACUUGUUUAAAUGGACUGACGACUUCAUAAGUUGCAGUGUUGUUAAAGAAAGUUUGCCUCCUACAGACAAACUAUUAUCCUUUGUCAAAGCUAGUCUUUCCCAAUGAUUGACACCUUUUUAUUACCUCGUUUUGUCUCUAAUCUUCGUAUAUGUUUGGACGUACUGCUUGAUCUUGUUUUGAGCCAACAAUAAAUUAACACAAUCUUAAAUAAAAGGUCCUUUUAUUUAUUAUUUCA